AUGCUGUCCAAAUACGAGUAUGACAUCCGGGAGCUUCCACCAGACGACCGCAUUCGGUGCAGUGUGAAGUACAGGAACGCUCUCUAUCUCAUUAGCAAGGCGGCCGUCUGGGCCUUUCACCUCUACUUUCUCGUGCGCUUGUUCCUGGUCAUCACGGCAUCCCAGCAGACAUGGCAGAUAUGGCUCAUGCUUCUUGUCGAGUAUAUAUUCGCCCGCAUGCCCCGAAAUGAUCAGCUCCUCACGGUAGCAGCAGGCAGGUCGUCGCAAAGCCGUCCCCGAGACAGACUGCGACUCCAUGGCAGCGACCAUCUGCCUCGGGUCGACGUCCUGGUUCCCUGCUGUGGAGAGCCGACCGAUGUGGUUUUGGACACAGUCCGCGCGGCCUGCACUAUGGACUACCCAGUCACUCAUUUUCGAGUGCUUCUGUUGGAUGAUGGGGCCUCCCUUGCGCUGCGUGAUGCCGUCACAGAACUACGCUCCCAAUGGCCUCACCUGUCAUACCACACGCGCGGACAGCACUCCGGCCGCGUGUUCGCCAAAGCCGGAAACCUCAACUAUGCGCUCUUUUCGUUGCAGAACGAGGUCCAACCCGAGUUUUGUGCCGUUCUGGACGCCGACUGCAUGCCCACCUCCGAUUUUCUGCGAGCCACGCUGCCUCAUCUGCUGAGAGAUCCUCAGGCCGCUUUGCUCACGACGAGGCAAUACUACUAUAACCUGCCCGACGGUGACCCGCUGCAACAGUCUCGUGUGCACUUCUACACAUGUCACAAUUCCGAGCUUGACCGGAUGGGAGCCGCCAUCGAUGCGGGAUCUGGGGCCGUCUUUCGGCGGAAGGCGAUCGUCGAUGUGGGCGGCUAUCCCACGUUUUCCUUCUCGGAGGAUUGGCAGCUGUCGCUCAUGUUGCAGGGCCUGGGGUAUCGUACGAUGCAGGUGCUAGAACCGUUGCAGAUGGGGUUGGUACCCUCGUCGCUGGAUGGGCAUAUCGCGCAGAGGAACCGAUGGCAGAUUGGCCACUCCCAACAGCCAUCCGUGUUGUUGUCCUCCUCGGACCAAAGCAUUCCCCGGCAUCGGCAGUGGAGCAUUGCCCUCAAUGGAGUGUCCAUCGUCUUGGGGCUGGUUGGGUACAUGGUAGGCUUCGCGGCAGUUCCCGUCCUCUGCAUUUCGGGGCGUCUGAUUCCCGCGGCAUCGCCCUUGUUGGUCCGGAUCCAAGUUACUUUGGCAGUUUUACACGUCGCCUUGACGUGGACGCAUGGGUUGAUCCAAUCCGCCCACACGGGCUUUCGCAUUGGCCCAUUUGCCCAUCUCGAGAACAGUUGGCUUGCAAGUGCCCAUAUUUUGGCGAUCAUUCGCUUUCACUGCGUCUCGAGCAAACCAAAGGGCUCUUUUGUCACUGGGAGUAGCGCGAAUUCGUGGAACCGCUUCACGGCACUGCCGAUCUACAAGAAGCUCCGCAAAGAUUUGCUGGAUAACGGGCUUGUACACAGUCUCUUCCUGUACCUUGCGACUCUCAGCACAUUUCUGUUGUCGUUCUAUGCGGCCGCGAGCAGCAAUUAUGCCAUUGCUCCCAAAUCAUUGAUCAUGGAAUUGCUCACCACAGUGGCGUGGCCCCCUCUGCUGCAUAUUGGCUAUCUCACUGCCAGCAACCUGUGGGUCCCGGUCGGAUAUCUGCUGUGUCGGCCGGAGUACCCCGAACGGAGAUCCAUGAUGGCCGUUAACGGCCGGGGCGUCUUCUUCCCUCAGGCGGAUGUCCAGAUGAAAGUCCUGCAUCAGAGUCGUCCUCCUCUGGGCUCCUACAAGCAUUAUGUCCUGGUGCCUUUUGUGUUGAUUGCCGUUCUUGUCGCGGCGACCGUGUUGUGA